CAGUGUUAAAAGGACAGGAAGUGGAUUUAGCUACACCUCCAGAUUACUGCCUGGGCUUUUCUGGGCGAGGGGAAAACCGCCGUCGUUCCGUUUUUUUUGCGCAGGAGAUGGUUUUACAUUGAUAUAUUUUAACGAUUAGAAACGCGGUUAUCCGUGGGAAGUGCUUGUUUUGUCCGGUCCCCCCGUUUAUAAGCGUAAAAAAACGAUGAAUGGUAAAUCGGCGAAUGGUACGGUGGGCGGCAUGGCCUGUAUCGACGGUCUGCCGCCCCUGCCGAAGAGCCUGAGCGGCUUGUUGAACUCGAGCGGUGGCUCUUGGCGAGACAUGGAGAGAAUGUAUGUGAAGAAAACCAUGAUCCAAGAUGACCUGAGCCGAGGGCGAAACAACACCGACCAUUUUCUGACCAACAAGCCGGCCAAUCUCGACGCGGCUCUGGCACUGCUCCGGAAAGAGAUGGUGGGCUUGCGUCAGCAGGACAUGUCGCUGCUGUGCCAGCUGUGGUCGCUGCACGAGUCCAUCCAGGAGUACAAGGGCAGCUGCCAGGACCUGAGCGCCGCCUCGGGCCUGCUGGAGAACGGCUACUUCGACGAGGACGACGAGUACUACGGCGAGCCCGGCGCCACGCCCACGGGCGAGCUGCCCCCCGACAGUGACGACGGCGAGGGCAUGGCGGCGGCGGUUCUGGGCAGCGCUGGGAAAAACGGGAGCGGUGGCGGAGGUGGGAAAAACGGCAUGGGAGGAAGUAAGGAGGCUGGAGGAAGCUGGCUUCAAGACUCGUUCCACGUCACCAUCUGAGCGCUCUUACGGGCGGCCGAUACGAACACGGACACACAAGAUGUGAUGGUUGGGUUGGGUUUGGUGGACGAUGGAAGAUAAGGAUGGCGUUUCCCGGGGACUGGCUGGAGGGGGUUGGGCUUUACGCACCCCGGGACUUGGUAGGCCUGGGAUGGAUGUUGAAAUGGACCGAGGGAAUCGUGAAUCUUUCCUCACGCAAGCACACAAGGGAGAAGGAAAAAUCUGCUUGCGUUGGGGAAAAGCUUGGUUUCAUUUUGAGGGACGGAUUUGUUUAGUUGUUUUCUUCCUCUUCUGCCUGACCCGGUGCUGUAUGGAUUCUAGGGAGGAGAACUAUCAGCCUCGUCUCAAUCACAUGGGACCGGAGUUUGAUUGGGUCUUUCAUCCUUUUUUAAAGACUUAAGAUUGAGGCAAUACUCAAAUGCAUUGUUAUUUUCUGAACUGCUCUUCUUCAACUGUAUUCUCUUUUUCUAGCCUAUCCUUCAAACUUUUUUUUUUGGACAUAUAAAGAUAUAAACAAAUUUAUAUUAUUUAUUAUCUAAUAUAAAUAUAAUUUUUCUUUUGAACUAUUAAAUUCUCAAAAAAAUAAUAAAAGUCGUUUUGGGAUUCCAUGUGUCCGUUAUAGCAUUUAGCAGGCUACUGGUACUUCCUUAAUCAAUGGAGAUGUUUCUGAACCUGGACAUUUGAGUUGGCUGGUUGGUGAGAAGACAUUAUCGAUGCUUAGGAACUAGAGUGGUUAUGCUUCUAGUACUAUAAGGUCAAAUGAUGUCCAUAUUACACCAACCAAGCCUUUGAUUAAUUGGAUACCUUGCAUACAAAGGUAUACAGUAAGAUGUGUUUGCACUGGUUCCCCUCGACAUGUAGCAGUUUAUGUUUUUUCUGAAAUAUUCCAAAAUCCUAGCAUCCGAUCAUUGUCUUGAUCAUCACCCAUAAUCUGUGGGUAAACCAUAUCGCCUUUAAUCAUCUGAAUACAGGGUAAUUUUAUAACCAGCUGAGAAUGUUUCCCCUGCUUGUUCAUACUAUAAAUAUUCUGUAUGAAUUAUGCUAGCAACACAUACUCUGCAGCAUUUAGCCAGUCAAAGCCUAUGCUUUAGCCACUCCAAAUAUGCAAACAUUUGGGUUAUAUGUGGAUGUACGCAACAAGGUGUUGGGGAUUGGGGACGUGUUAAAUUAGCAUGGUGGAUUUAAUGCAUUUUUUUAAAAAUUGGUUGAUUGCUAGUGUAGUAAUUAUAUUGCAACACCAAAUAUUUUCUCCACAUAAACAUUUGUCAUGUUACUGUGGUCAAUAAUGCAAAAAAGGAAGUUACUAAAAUGGUUUUCUCUUUUGAAAUGGACACCUCCGAUAUCCUAUGUUGACUGCCACCGCUAAUUAUUUAUUUUUUUGAAAGCCUAGAAUGGGGCUGCCAAGGUUCCUGUAGCCACCUUAUCAAUGCAUCUCUAUUUCCUGGCAUCAUUUUACAGCAUAUUUGAGUAAAACACUCGCACCAAAAAUCAUAAGUUAUCUGAAUCUUUCCAUUGUCAUUCUCCAUAGUAGAGGCUGAAACUAGCCACAAUGUCUGGACAUUCCCUUUUAUGUUGAGAGGAAGGAAAUUACCAAUCUUUCGGAUCCCUAAAGCAAGGCCAACUGCUUUAAAUACCAGGACGUUUUUAUUUUGCCAUCUCUAAGAUUUCUACCUAACCUGUUGCUGACAUGUUUUCAAUGAUGCUCUAUAGGUGACUACUUGCCAGUUUUAUUUACACCAAGAGGACAUUCAAAAAACACUCAAGUAAAAUGAUAGUGUUGGUGUAACCAGACAAAGCAAUGUUCAGCGUAAAAUGCCCUUUGCAUUGCUUGUGACGCAAUUGGUAAUGUUGUUCGAAUGCAUUUUAUAGUUACGCAAUUGUAAGGAAUGUUUCAACAGCAAUGUACUUUUUAUAUAAAGAAAAGGGGCUUGA